AUGGCUGACAGCGCGGAGCCCGCCGCCGCCCCGGCCGCUGCCCCUCCGAGCUCGGCGGCGCAGCGGCAGCAGGCACGGCCGGGCGGCGCCCCCGGCGCGGGGGAGGAGGGCGCGGCGGCAGCCGCGCCGCGGCUGGCGCUGGGCGGCCCGGCGGGGGUGUCGCUGCCGCGGCUGGAGAAGCCCAUCAAGCAGGCCUUCUACAACACUGGGGCGCUGCUGUUCGCGGGGCUGUGCUGCGGCGCCGCUGUCCUGGUCUACUUCAUCCUGGAGGCCUUCCUGCGGCCGCUGCUCUGGGCCGUGCUCUGCGGCACCUUCCUGCACCCUUUCAAGAGCUCGCUGACGGCGCUGGGCCGCCGCUGGCUCGGCCGCCUGCACCGCUCCCGCACGCCUGUCCUGCUGGCCGCCCUGCUGCUGCCUAUCUGCUUCGCCAACUACGGCGUGGAGGCGCUGGGCGAGCAGGUGCUGCGGCGGCGGCGGCUGCUGCUGCUGCUGGGCGCCGGGGGGCCGCUGUUUUACGGGCUCUACUGCCUGGGCAGCUCCCUGGGCGUGCAGGUGCUGCUGGCCCAGGCCGCCCGUCUCAUCUGCCAGGGGCUGGACUACUUCAGCAGCCAGUGGAUAUGGACCUUGGUACUUGGUUACCUGUUGAUGGUUUCAUUCAAGUGGAAUCUAAGCACCGAACGUUACUUAAAAGCAGUCUCGGUCCCUGUCUGGAUUAUGCUGCUGUUUCAUGUAGCUUCUGUGGCUGGUUCCUGGAGAAUUCCUGUGUUUCUGGUUAUAGUUGUUCUGAUGACUGUAGGCAUGUUGCAUGAACAGCAGAGUGGAAAGAAGUCUUCUGGGGCAGAACUUCCCGGUCAGGUGAUUUCAAUUGCUGCUUCAACAAUUGCCAUGGCAAUAUCAAUUACAGAAGAUGAGUCAAAUAACAAACGCUCCUCACAACCCUCAGAAGCAGCAGAAGGCGAUCAGCCUGCACAUGCUUCAUCAUCUUUCUCCUCCUCUUCGUCGUCUUCAGGGAGCAGGCAAAGGCCUGAGAUUGGAGCUUUUCUUAGAAAAAAGAAAACGAGCGAUAUUUACUUUGUUACACUUGUGUGGGCCAUUGCUGUUGUGCAGAUAUGGCUAAACUUCUGGAUCGUGCAGCUGUUGCCAGUGCCUUUUGCAGUUUGGGCACUUAAAAAACUUGUGGUCCAUUUUGGAAUUUUGAACUUCAUGGCAAACCGUUGCAGUAGUUGGUGGCAACUUGUGGAAAAUUUUGUGAUGGAGCGUCAGGAAGCUCUUGCUCCACGGCCUAUUAGAGGGCUUGGAAGAGUCAUGCUAAAGCUUGACAGUAAGCUGUGGCACUGGCUUAAUAAGAAGAUGAUCGUAUGGUUGGAGAAAAUGCUAGAUAAAAUAAUCAGCAUUUUCAUAAUAUUUUUGCUAGUCAUAGGAACCCUUCUGCUAGCCCUGCUCCUUACUGCAAAGGUACAUCAAGAGAGCGUUCACAUGAUUCAAGUCACUAGCAGCUUGAUCAAUGAGACAGUAGCCAGUCACCCAGAAUGGGCAAACUGGCUCCCGGAAGCCCAGGUUAUUCAGAAGGCACUCAAUUCAGCAGCUAAUAAUGUAUAUCAAUAUGGCCGAGAAUGGAUUACACAUAAGCUCCAUAAGAUUUUAGGAGAAAAAGUGAACAACACCGCUGUGAUUGAAAAACAAGUGCUGGAGCUCUGGGACAGGCUUUAUCAUUCUUGGUUUGUGAAGAAUGUUACACAGGCUGGAAGACAUAAAGGACACAAAUGGCAUAUAAACCGUCAGAACAGCUGGCUUGGUGAUAUUCUGGACUGGCAAGAUGUUGCGUCAUUUGUUCAUGAUAACAUUGAGACGUUUCUUUCAAUCCUGGAGUCUCUGUGGAUAGUGAUGAGUCGCAAUGUGAGCCUCUUGUUUACCACAGUGACAACAUUAGUGACCAUUCUCUUCCAUAGUGGGACAGCUCUUCUCAAUUUCGUGCUGUCAGUGGUGAUUUUCCUGACCACACUAUUCUACCUAUUGAGUUCCAGUGAUGAGUACUACAAGCCAGUAAAAUGGGUGAUUAGCCUGACGCCUUUGUCUCAGCCAGGUCCCUCCUCAAACAUAGUUGGCCAAUCAGUGGAAGAGGCAAUAAGAGGUGUAUUCGAUGCUUCUCUCAAAAUGGCUGGGUUCUAUGGACUCUACACUUGGCUGACUCACACAAUAUUUGGGAUUAACAUAGUCUUCAUACCAUCUGCAUUAGCAGCAAUCCUUGGAGCAGUUCCAUUUCUGGGGACGUACUGGGCAGCUGUCCCUGCGGUCCUAGAUUUGUGGCUUGUGCAAGGACAAGGAUGUAAAGCCAUUUUGCUCUUGGUUUUUCACCUGUUACCAACCUACUUUGUAGAUACAGCAAUUUAUUCAGAUAUAUCAGGAGGUGGUCACCCUUACCUGACUGGUCUUGCAGUAGCCGGUGGAGCAUAUUACCUGGGGCUGGAAGGAGCCAUCAUAGGACCAAUUCUGCUUUGUAUACUCGUGGUUGCCUCCAACAUAUAUAGUGCCAUGUUGGUGAGUCCAACAAAUUCAGUGCCCACCCCAUCACAAGCAGCAUGGCCAUUACAGAUUUACUGGUCAUCUAGGGAGAGUCCUGAGGAGAUGAAAACAGCUGCAGAAUGAUGUAGAUGCUGUGCUGCACCUAUUCGACAUGAGAGAAUCACUCUGCUGUCUUGAGUCCACAGCAGCCAUGGCCUUCUGUCCCUUUUCAGCUGUGCCUAGGGGCAGCUCAGAGGGAAGCACAGUUUGGUUUUUAGGAGAAGCCACCUCUUGAACAUCUGCUGGCUUUACAUUAUUGUGCACUUUCUCUCUUCAAGAGAGACUGUCUACUUCCCAUGGCUUUGCAUACUAACACAUGGUUCAAUCGCCUCAUUUGUAGACCUUUUGUCUUCAGAAAAAGGAUGGUUAAGAGGACAGGUAUAUCCACUGGAGUCAUUAUGCUAUCUGCUGAAAUGACUAACUUGGCUUUUAUUUAUUUGGUUAUUUGUAUUAUUAAAUUGUAGUAGCUUUAAAGAAAUCUUAUUCCAAAAUAUUUAUUCUCAGUUGGUGUUUUAGCUGGUGGCUAAAAGAUGUAAGCCACUCGUUGUUAAACAAAAAUAGAAUACAAUUAUUUGCUGCUCCUGAAAGUGUUUCUUUAGAGACUUUGACCAUCACAUCAAUCCGUAACACUUAAAUAUUUUUCUCUUACAAGCACUGAAGUUUAAUGUUGUUGGAGACUGGUGUUUCUAAUAUCUUCCUGAAAUUAACAGACUUGCAAAUUGUUAAAUGUGAGGUUUCCUCAUACCAAAAUGGGAGGACUUGUUUAAAUUGUUUUACCAUCCAAUGGAGUUGUCUUCUCAACUAGAUUUAAUCAAAGGCCUUAAAUGUUUUCAGGCAGCGAUAACAUAAGAUUGUCACAUCUACUUCCAAAAACAGGAAGAGGUUGAAGGGAGCUUUAAUAUUGUUUUGUAAAUGCAGUGGCUGACUUCAGGUUACUUUUCAAAGAAAUUUAAGCUUGUUACCAAAGGGGGAGGGUCCACCUACCCCCCAUAAGCCUCUGGACAAAUAGCUUAAGAAAGAAACCUUAAAUUCCAGAAAUGGGGUGUUGCCUAGGUUGCAGAAUCAAAGUACUUUAGUGCUUUCCUUCCAUAUGUAAUUUUGCUUAAAUUGCAUUUUUGGUGGUAUUCAAGACUUUUCCUAUUGGUUGUUGAAAUAUUUUGACGUAACAGAUCUUUAUACCUUUGAAAAUAGGAAGUGUUUUUUUGGUGGAAAUUUCAGACUUGAACAGCUUUUCCACAAAUGCAAUGAGGCCCUAGGUACAAAGUAGCAGUUGCACAUGCUUUAACCAAAGAACCACCUUUCUGUUCUUAGUGAUGUAUCUUGAAUUUAUUCCAGAGCUUGAUCGACAGUGAUUUGUACAAACUGACUGAACUGACUGAUACUGAUUGAUACAAAAUACAGGCAUGCUUUGCAUUUAUUGUUUGCCAUAAUUUAACUGUUGAUAUACUAAUCUAUCCUUAUCUAGGGAUAAGGCGAUCUAAAUAAGGGUAGGAUUGUAUGCAAACAGUUCUCAGUAAUUUAGAUGUGUUUUACUCGUGUGGCAGGGAUGUUGAGAGAUUUGGAAGGGUCUUAUUGUCAUGACAACACAUUUUUAGAUGAUUUCUAAAAAUAUAUUGCCAUACAAAGUGGGCUGUAAAGUAGUCUGAUACUAACUAAACAAGAAAGUUCUAUUAUAGUUUUGCAAUAAAUCCCAAAAUACUCAACACAGUCAUUUUAAUGUAUUGUUAUAGAGUUCUUUGGGGUUUUGUUUUCUUAAAGUGUUUUUCUUCUUCCUGCCCUUCACUGAUCUCCUUAGAUCAAAGAAGGGUCUGUGCUGUGAAGAUGAAAUUAUUUUUCAGACACAAGUAUCUUCAAUAAUGGCAAAGCAGUAAAUGAGCUGGGAAGACAUGUUUUUGUUCUGAAAUAUUCCUUUCCCAAUGUGAAGAGAAAUUAUUCUGUAUGGAGAAUUCAUAUCUGAUGUAAUCUCUUAGCUUGUUUGCUUUGAAAUGAGUCUUUCUACUUGAUGCUUCUUGUUUCAAAUUCAAUGAAGACUUACCAUGAAGAAUCUUCUGUAAUACAAUGUUUAUCAGUAAAUGUAGGUUGAGGAUCUGAUGCUAUGUGCCAUGUCUGAUUGAAGGAUAAACUGUAUGGCGUAGUGGGGGUACAGCAAUGGUAUACUGCCAAAAAGAAAAAGAAGAAAAACCCAAAACUUCAGUAACACCUUCUUAAAAUAGGAAACAGUCACUGAAUUUUGCUACUUUAGGGUUUGUUUUUUUUUUUUAAACUUAUGGAAAAGCAUACCUUGAUUAUUUAGGGUUUAUUUUUAGCAAGUGUCUAAUUAUCAGUAGAAAUGGAAGAACUUGCUAUUUGGUAUUUAACAGCUCCAUGUUCUUCCCUGAAAAGACCCAGCCUCUUUAAGAACAGUUUAGUCGAAAUCAGUCUCACAUAAACUUAAAUGACAAAACUGGUUAUUUUGACUUUUGGCAACUUUAACGUACCAGUUCCUGGUUUUACUGCCUUGUCUGCAAAAGCAACCAGUAACCACAUGAGAUUAAGUUUUUAGAUAGCUUGUGGGUUUCAAAAAGAAAGGGGGGGGGGGCGGGGAGGAAGGAUCCUUACACACCCACUUUUGCAGUGGCAUUGAACUGUAUAGUUUCCUUAGCAGAGACCAUAUUUUACGGAGUUCUUGUAGUGCCUAGCACAAGAAGUUGAUGGUCUUUAGCUUUACUGUAAACAGUCAUUCCAGGAGUAGGUAUUUACUUGUAUUUGGUACAUUUAGUAUUCAGUUUAGAACAAAACAAUUUAAAAUUCAGAAAGGAAUGCUUAUAGUAGUAAAGCAAAACAAUGUGAUCUCAUGGUAUUGCAAAAUACAAUUAUGUUCUAUUUUAUCAUUCUCUUGUAGCAAGUCAGGUUUGUUGCAAGCAAGUGGAAUGCCAAAGGGCUAGAGAUAACUGAUUUUGCACAGAGUAUAAGUUAGCUCUUCCUGCUGAAAUAAGUUGCCUCUGGGCAGGAUUUACCAGUAAAUUUUUGGGCAAUUCAAAGGUGAGCUAAUCUGGUUUUACUUUCUUUACUUUAUCUGAACAUUACUGUACUGUAGCAGAGUUAGAAGUAAGUGUGCACAAGCUUUUCAGUUUCUCCAGUUUACAGCUCAGCAAGUUAACUUCAGGUCACUGUGAGUAUUGGUUUAGUUGAAUACAUGGGGCAACAAACUGCAGUGAGUGAGAACAUGGCACACGUUCGCUUCUGCCAGCCUUGCUACAACAUGGUGACAUUCAGCACAGACAUAGCAUGACCAGUUACUUACAGCCAGGGGGCAGUGAUGGUUUAAUUUGCAACACUGCUUUUUAAAACAGCAUCUUUAACAUUAUAGUCAUACAUAUCGUAUGCAUUUUUUCAGAAAUUAAGUUGAUAUCCACAGCGUCUAAUAUUGGAGAGAUUUUUUCCAUGCACUAUGGUAUGUAUUUUCAGCUCAUCUAAAAGUACCUUUUAGUAUGUCUCAUUUCCAAAAGUAUGUGGAUUUUAAGCCUUUGGAGAGGAAGAUGUACUUGUGUAUAUUUUGUUAGCGAUUAUUGUAUUAGGAAAUCCAUAACCUGUUUAAUCUAACAAAUAGAAAAACAAAAAAGCUCUGCAUAUGGAAAAUUGGACUGCUGUCUCUGGCAUUAGACAUUGUGGUUAUCAACAUAACUUCUGAAAAAGGUGUAUGGUAUGUAUGGCUGUGAUGUUAAAUGUUAUCUUUUUAAAAGCCUGAAAAUACAAAAAUGAAUAAAACAGCACACCGGUAAAAGUGACAGCAAAAUUGUUGUGUUGCUUAAUGCCUAGCCCUGGAGGCAGAGUAUUGCGUAGAAUGCUGCCUCUCCUGCAGACCUGAUAUAGUAAGGAUGGGAAAAUAACCUUAUUCUACUGGACUGUAUGGCUUUGCAUCAGUGGUAGGAGAUGCUCCUGCAACCGCCUUUAUUCAAACAUCAUGUUCAUGUUACUGGCUUAAGUCUCUCACUACAGAGAGUUCUGUCUUUAUGGAAGCUACCUCUGGAAACAGCUACAGCUUUCCUCAGAAGAUGCUGAAAGCUGUCAGGAUUAGAGUUGGUAUUCAUUGUAUUUAAUAAUGGAGUAGCAUUGUUCUUCUAGAGAUGCAGUUGUUUUCUCUGAAGUUUGCAAUUUUACGAGAGAACAUCAGUUUCCCAAUUGAAUAAUCAUUAUUUAAGUCACAAUUGGCAUCUGUUAAAUGCAUGGAUGUAUCAUCUUUAUAAAUUCUAUAUUGGCUUGUAUUUUAAAGAUGGUUUUAUUACUAUUUCUUACAUUUUUGGGGGAAACCUCCUUUGGCAAGUCAAUUCCCUUAUUUCUAGUUCUACAGAACUAGAAUUGCCUAGCAUCUCUUAACAAAGGUUACGGAGGUUUGAUCUUUAACAUGUUAUUGUUUUCUGUCCUUUUUAGUAAAAUAACUUAACGCUUUAUAGUGUGAAAAAAAAAAGAAAAAAAACACAACCCUCCAAAAGCAUUUUUUUAGUGAUAAAAUUGGAAAUUAAAAAGCAUUGCAAUCUGGGAAAUGAGCCUGCUAUUUUGAAACCAGAAAUGAUGCCAGAAGUGAUGAGCAUAUUCAGGGAUAUACAUUUACAAACCCAAUGUGGCAUAUUGAUAUGAAGUAUUACAUAUGAAUAUGAACAAUGUCUGUCUUGUAUUCAGAUCCUAACUGAAAUUUUGUCUUAUGUUUUUUAAGAUACCUGAGAACAAAAUAGUGCCUAUAUUUAGGGAAAACAAGCAUCACUUUCUGGAAUUAAUGUUUACUUGAUAAAGGCGGGGGAGAGCUAAGCAAAUAUUGCUAGGGUGACCAGAACUGUUUUGCUGUAGUUAAUAUAAAGUUGGGAAAGGCUGAUGUUUCCUCUAGUAAGUUAUGGCUAAGAACUUACUGGUCCUGGAGGUAUUUACAAACAUCUACCAAAGAGCUGCCAAAAUUAAUAGGUCAUGAAAUAUCAUGUCUUCCGAUCCCCAGAGUCUCUUAAUCUCUUCCACACCUUGUCUGGUACUUUGUUUUUAUCUGGUGUAGGAUAGGAUAGUAGUGCUUUGUGCUAUCUUGAGUUAGAUGCAGAGAUCCGUAGGGCAUGCUUUGAAUGUCUGUACUGAAACAGUAUGUGCAGUUCAGGAAAGAACUGCUAUUUGACAAAUUCUAUUGAAGUUGAUAUUAAAAGUAAAUAUAUUCUUAGUGUGAUCUGCAUACGGAUGGACUUGGGCAAGCGUAAUUCAUACUGUAUUGAAUUGCAUAUUAUUCUGUGCUCGAUAUAGCACUAUGUUGUGAUACUGAAGCUAGAUUUGAGGUAGAAGCAGGGCAUACUCGCUUGUACCAGGAUGCAUUUACAGGCUAAUAAAGACAGCAUGAAUGUUCUAGCAUCUAUUUAUAUGUCUGAAGGAUUUUCAGCAUGGUGAUUUCGAAACAAAAGUGUUGAUUCUUUUUUCCCUGCCUCAAUUUUUGUCACUUGACUGUUGUAUACAAUGAUCCAAUGAGGACCUAGAGUGAAAGAAAUUUUUCCUGGUAUUGUUGCAGGUUAAAUGUAAGAGGCAUCACAAAGCUAAAAUGCAGCUACAGAGCAGAAUUUCAUUAAGUGUAAGAAUCUAGGCCAUAGGGCUGGAAAAUUAAAAGCCCAGUUUUUGGCCUCCUUUUUGCCAGUCUCAGCCCAAAACCGAAGUUUUUUCAAGCAGUAUCAGAAAAAAUGCUUUCUUGUUUAUAACUUAAUGGCUGUGUAAAUGGAUGUCUUCAUUUUCCAGUGUUAUCACUGAUAUAUUUUGCAAGCAUUCAAUUUGUUCAGAUUGUUACAUUUAAAAACAAAGUGUAUAUCAUUCAGUGAUGGUUGGAAAGAAAUCUUUUUGUACUAAGAGGUGAUUAUAUAGGGGUAUAUGUGUUAACUAACAUUUGAAGUUUUGGUAGGAAGACUAGCAAAGGUUUUUUUUUUUUUUGCUUUUUUUUUUUUUCUUUUCCCCCUCUGAUACCCGAAACUUAACCAAAUCCAAAGAAACUUUUGACAUUGGGUCCUAAGAGUGGCUAGACUCUACAUCUAAAAGUAGAUCUCUUGUAUUACAGAGCACAGGUUGUUCUAAACUGUUCAUUCCUGCCAAGAACCUGUGGGGAUUUGGAGCAAUAACUACUAUUGUCCGUUGACAUGAAUUUGUCUGUAAAUUUACAUGUCACACAUUCUCAGAAUGGAAUUAUGUUCAGAAGUAAUGUUGCCAUAAUUGGUUUUGGUACAGUACCUGUUUCUGCAUGUAUAAUACUGAAAAUAUAACCCCUGUGUUCAUUUUGUGGCAGAAUAAGAAAUGUGAGUUAAGACUGAGGAGUGCUCUUCUAGACUACAGAGUUAUUUAAUUAAUUUUGAUUGUAUGCACCAGUCCUCUUCCUAAUAAAAAGGAUUUUUGUAGCAGGUAUAAAAAGCUUUUAAUCUACUACUGUAUUCACACUGCAGUCCUUUGUAAACACAGAAUGUUUAAUAUAUUUUGAAAUAAAAUGCUGUUAAUGUAAAGAAAACUGAA